AUGAAAAUACCUCUGAAGAUAGGUGGCCCGGGCGAAAAGGAAGACUUGGACGCCCGAGGGCUGGAUGGAACAAAAAAAGGCGGUAGCUCACCAAGAGAUAAGAGGUGUGAUGAAAGAAUCUCACCCGAAAUUCACAUGGAAGCUGAAUAUGGUGGGCAUGAUCAGAUAGAUUUGUAUGAUGAUGUCAUCUCUCCAUCUGCAAAUAAUGGAGAUGCCCCAGAAGAUCGGGAUUACAUGGAUACUCUCCCACCAACUGUUGGUGAUGAUGUGGGUAAAGGAGCAGCACCAAAUGUUGUCUAUACAUAUACUGGAAAGAGAAUUGCACUAUAUAUUGGAAAUCUAACAUGGUGGACAACAGAUGAAGACUUAACUGAAGCAGUUCAUUCUUUGGGAGUAAAUGAUAUUUUGGAGAUAAAAUUUUUUGAAAAUCGGGCAAAUGGCCAGUCAAAGGGGUUUGCCCUUGUUGGUGUUGGAUCUGAAGCAUCCUCAAAAAAGCUAAUGGAUCUGUUGCCUAAAAGAGAACUUCAUGGUCAGAAUCCUGUUGUAACUCCAUGCAAUAAACAGUUCCUGAGUCAAUUUGAAAUGCAGUCCAGGAAAACUACGCAGUCAGGACAAAUGUCUGGGGAAGGUAAAGCUGGUCCUCCGGGAGGCAGUUCACGUGCAGCCUUUCCACAAGGUGGUAGAGGACGGGCCCGUUUUCCAGGGGCUGUUCCUGGUGGGGACAGAUUUCCUGGGCCAGCAGGACCAGGAGGGCCACCUCCACCUUUUCCAGGAAAUUUGAUCAAGCAUCUUGUUAAAGGAACUCGGCCUUUGUUCCUGGAAACUAGGAUUCCAUGGCAUAUGGGGCACAGCAUAGAGGAAAUACCCAUUUUUGGCCUAAAAGCUGGACAGACUCCACCACGUCCACCCUUAGGUCCUCCAGGCCCACCCGGUCCACCAGGUCCUCCACCUCCUGGUCAGGUUCUGCCUCCUCCUUUAGCUGGGCCUCCUAAUCGAGGAGAUCGCCCUCCACCACCAGUUCUUUUUCCUGGACAACCUUUUGGGCAGCCUCCAUUGGGUCCGCUUCCUCCUGGUCCUCCACCUCCAGUUCCAGGCUACGGCCCCCCUCCUGGUCCACCACCUCCGCAACAGGGACCACCUCCACCUCCAGGCCCCUUUCCACCUCGCCCACCUGGCCCUCUUGGGCCACCCCUUACACUCGCUCCUCCUCCGCAUCUUCCUGGACCACCUCCAGGUGCCCCACCACCAGCUCCACAUGUGAACCCCGCUUUCUUUCCUCCACCAACUAACAGCGGCAUGCCUACAUCAGAUAGCCGGGGUCCACCACCAACGGAUCCAUAUGGCCGGCCUCCACCAUAUGAUAGGGGUGACUAUGGGCCUCCUGGAAGGGAAAUGGAUACUGCAAGAACACCAUUGAGUGAAGCUGAGUUUGAAGAAAUCAUGAAUAGAAAUAGGGCAAUCUCAAGCAGUGCUAUUUCAAGAGCUGUGUCUGAUGCCAGUGCUGGUGAUUAUGGGAGUGCUAUUGAGACAUUGGUAACUGCAAUUUCUUUAAUUAAACAAUCCAAAGUAUCUGCCGAUGAUCGUUGCAAAGUUCUUAUUAGCUCUUUGCAAGAUUGCCUUCAUGGAAUUGAAUCCAAGUCUUAUGGUUCUGGAUCAAGACGUGAACGAUCAAGAGAAAGGGAUCAUAGUAGAUCACGAGAAAAGAGUCGGCGUCAUAAAUCCCGCAGUAGAGAUCGUCAUGAUGAUUAUUACAGAGAGAGAAGCAGAGAACGAGAGAGACACCGGGACCGGGACCGGGACCGCGAUCGAGAGCGUGACCGAGAGCGCGAGUAUCGUCAUCGUUAGAAGCUGAAGGAAGAGGAACACCUUCCAAGACAAAACAGUCUUCAUGGGGGAAAAAUGACGCUUGUCCAGCAGUUUGCUUCUUGUGAUUGAACUGAACCUGUAAGGAUUCAUGGAUAAAAUGAACAGGAAUAGAUCUGAAUAAAGCAAAUCUGCAUAAAUGGUAACCAGUAGCUCUACUUUUAUUUUUUAUGUUGCUUACCUGUUUUAUUUGAAGGAAACCUGUGUGAUUUAAAAAGUUAUAGCUUUUGCAACUUUAUUACUGGUUAUAUACAUUUGGCCAUUAUAAUGUGCAAGCAAUUGGGAAAAAACGUCAAGUAAAUGCUUGUUUUAUAGUAGUUUGUUCUUGUUAAAAAUGUUCAUAUGAUAAUGUCUGUAAACAGCACCACUUUGAUUACAAUAGAUGUAGUGUUGUAAUAAACUGUUUAAUGGGG